CUCAGUGGUCAGCUCUGGUCUUCAUCUUACUGUCAUCAGAAAAAGAUCUGGACGUGUUUGACCUGAAAAAAUACUCUGCUAGAGAGGAGGCUCUUCUGAGGCUGCUGCCAGUGGUCAAAGCUUCAAAUAAAGCUCUGCUGAGUGGCUGUAACCUCUCAGAGAGAAGCUGUGCAGCCCUGUCUUCUGCUCUCAGCUCCCAGUCCUCUAGUCUGAGAGAGCUGGACCUGAGUGACAACAACCUGGAGAAUUCAGGGGUGAAGCAGUUGUCUGCUGGACUGAAGAGUCCACACUGUACACUGGAAACUCUCAGUCUGUCAGGAUGUCAGAUCACAGAGGAAGGCUGUGCUUCUCUGGCCUCAGCUCUGAGCUCCCAGUCCUCUAGUAUGAGAGAGCUGGACCUGAGUGACAACAACCUGCAGGAUUCAGGAUUGAAACCGCUGUCUGCUGGACUGGAGAGUCCACACUGUACACUGGAAACUCUCAGGUGUUUCUCUGCUAUGGAUCAGAGUGAGGACAGAGAGGAGGGAGUCCCUCCCUCUAAAAGCUCUCUGUGUGGGGAACAUGACAUCCAGACCAAAGCUCAGAGGAUCCAUCAGCAGAGACCAGAUUCCCCUGAACCCAGCUGUGUGUCCAUGAAGAGUGACCAGUCUAUGUAUGAUUAUAUUAACUUCAAACAUGGACAUCAGUCUGCUGAUCAGAGAGUUCAUCAGCAGAGCUCAGAGGUUCUCAGUGGUCAGUCUGUCCAGCAGCAUCAAACACACCUGGACUCCAUAUUUAUGCUGCUGGAGGAGAACAUCAGCAGGUUUGUGACGAAUGAGCUGAAGAAGAUGCAGAAGGGUCUGAGUCCAGAUUACCCAGAAUGCUUAGAGAGUCAGAGUGAGGAUGAGGAGGUGUUGGAUGGUGAGGGGGAAGAGCAGAGGAGGAGCAGCAGAGAGGCAUUUCUGAAGAUCACACUGCACUUCCUGAGGAGAAUGAAGCAGGAGGAGCUGGCUGAACGUCUGCAGAGCAGAACUCGUGCUGCACAGUGUCGAUAUAAACUCAAGUCUAACCUGCAGAAGAAGUUUCAGUGUCUCUUUGAGGGGAUCGCUAAAGCAGGAAACCCAACCCUUCUGAAUCAGUUCUACACACCGCUCUACAUCACAGAGGGAGGGACUGCAGAGGUCAAUGAUGAACAUGAGGUCAGACAGAUUGAAACAGCAUCCAGGAAACCACACAGACCAGAAACAACAAUCAGACAAGAAGACAUCUUUAAAGCCUCAGCUGGAAGAGAUGAACCAAUCAGAACAGUGAUGACAAAGGGAGUGGCUGGCAUUGGGAAAACAGUCUUAACACAGAAGUUCACUCUGGACUGGGCUGAAGACAAAACCAACCAGGACAUACACUUCACAUUUCCAUUCACUUUCAGAGAGCUGAAUGUGGUGAAAGAGAAAAAGUACAGCUUGGUGGAACUUGUUCAUCACUUCUUUCCUGAAACCAAAGAAGCAGGAAUCUGCAGGUUUGAAGAGUUCCAGGUUGUGUUCAUCUUUGACGGUCUGGAUGAGUGUCGACUUCCUCUGGACUUCCUUAACAAUGUGAUCUUGACUGAUGUUACAGAGUCCACCUCAGUGGAUGUGCUGCUGACAAACCUCAUCAGGGGGAAACUGCUUCCCUCUGCUCGCCUCUGGAUAACCACACGACCUGCAGCAGCCAAUCAGAUCCCUCCUGAGUGUGUCGGCAUAGUGACAGAGGUCAGAGGGUUCACUGACCCACAGAAGGAGGAGUACUUCAGGAAGAGAUGCAGAGUCAAGAAGCAGGCCAGCACCAUCAUCUCCCACAUCAAGACAUCACGAAGCCUCCACAUCAUGUGCCACAUCCCAGUCUUCUGCUGGAUCACUGCUACAGUUCUGGAGGAUGUGUUGAAAAGCAGAGAGGGAGGAGAGCUGCCCAAGACCCUGACUGAGAUGUACAUUUACUUCCUGGUGGUUCAGUCCAAACUGAAGAACAUCAAGUAUGAUGGAGGAGCUGAGACAGAUCCACACUGGAGUCCAGAGAGCAGGAAGAUGAUUGAGUCUCUGGGAAAACUUGCUUUUGAGCAGCUUCAGAAAGGCAACCUGAUCUUCUAUGAAUCAGACCUGACAGAGUGUGGCAUCGAUAUCAGAGCAGCCUCAGUGUACUCAGGAGUGUUCACACAGGUCUUUAAAGAGGAGAGAGGUCUGUACCAGGACAACGUGUUCUGCUUCGUCCAUCUGAGUGUUCAGGAGUUUCUGGCUGCUCUUCAUGUCCAUCUGACAUUAAUCAACUCUGGAGUCAAUCUGCUGGCAGGAGAACAAACAACAUCCUGGUCUGAUGUGUUCAGAGACAAAUCAACACAUUUCUACCAGAGUGCUGUGGACGAGGCCUUAAAGAGUCCAAAUGGACACUUGGACUUGUUCCUCCGUUUCCUCCUGGGUCUUUCACAGCAGACCAAUCAGACUCUCCUACGAGGUCUGCUGACACAGACAGGAAGUAACUCACAGACCAAUCAGAAAACAAUCAAGUACAUCAAGAAGAAAAUCAGUGAGAAUCUUUCAGCAGAGAAAAGCAUCAAUCUGUUCCACUGUCUGAAUGAACUGAAUGAUCGUUCUCUAGUGGAGGAGAUCCAACAGUAUCUGAGAUCAGGAAGUCUUUCCACAGAUAAACUGUCUCCUGCUCAGUGGUCAGCUCUGGUCUUCAUCUUACUGUCAUCAGAAAAAUAUCUGGACGUGUUUGACCUGAAGAAAUACUCUGCUACAGAAAAGGCACUUCUGUGGCUGUUGCCAGUGAUCACAGCUUCAAAUAAAGCUCUGCUGAGUGGCUGUAACCUCUCAGUGAGAAGCUGUGCAGCUCUGUCCUCAGUUCUCAGCUCCCAGUCCUCUACUCUGAAAGCGCUGGAUCUGAGUGACAACAACCUGCAGGAUUCAGGGGUGAAGCUGCUGUCUGCUGGACUGGAGAGUCCACAUUGUACACUGGAAAAUCUCAGUCUGUCAGGAUGUCUGAUCACAGAGAAAGGCUGUGCUUCUCUGGCCUCAGCUCUGAGCUCCAACCCCUCCCAUCUGAGAGAGCUGGACCUGAGCUACAAUCAUCCAGGAGACUCAGGAGAGAAGCUGCUGUCUGCUGGACUAGGGGAUCCACACUGGAGACUGGACACACUCAGGAUGGAUCAUGGUGGAGAGCACAGGUUAAAACCUGAUGUGAGGAGAUAUUUCUGUGAUCUCACACUGGACACAAACACAGUAAACAGAAGACUCAAACUGUCUGAAAUCAACAGGAAGGUGACAUGUGUGGAGGAGGAUCAGUCAUAUCCUGAUCAUCCAGACAGAUUUGAUUACUGUCCUCAGCUGCUGUGUAGAAAUGUGCUGACUGGUCGCUGUUACUGGGAGGUCGAGUGGAGAGGAAGAGUUUAUAUAUCAGUGAGUUACAGAGGAAUCAGCAGGAAAGGAUACAGUGAUGACUGUUUGUUUGGAUUUAAUGAUCAGUCCUGGAGUCUGAUCUGCUCGGAUGUUAAUGGUUACUCUGUCUCUCACAAUAACAGAGCAACAUCCAUCUCCUCCUCCUCUUCCUCCUCAUCUGUCUCUAACAGAGUAGGAGUGUAUGUGGACUGUCCUGCUGGCACUCUGUCCUUCUACAGAGUCUCCUCUGACACACUGAUCCAACUCCACACCUUCAACACCACAUUCACUGAACAUCUGUAUGCUGGAUUUGGGUUCUGGUCUGGGUUCUGGACUUAUGAUUCAUCAGUGUCUUUAUGUCCUCUGUCUGAAUCAAACACACUCAGGAACAGAGUGAAGAUUAAACGCACACAGACAGCAGGAUUGACGAGGGAGAAUGAGCAGCUUCUUCUCUCCCAGUGUUUUCCUCGACAGAUGAAGCAGAGCUCAGAGGUUCUCAGUGGUCCCUCUGUCCAGCAGCAUCAAACACAGCUGGACUCCAUAUUUAUGCUGCUGGAGGAGAACAUCAGCAUAUUUGUGAAGAACGAGCUGAAGAAGAUGCAAAAGGGUCUGAGUCCAGAUUACCCAGAAUGCUUAGAGAGUCAGAGAGAGGAUGAGGAGGUCUUGGAUGGUGAGGAGGAAGAGCAGAGGAGGAGCAGCAGAGAGGCAUUUCUGAAGAUCACAUUGCACUUCCUGAGGAGAAUGAAGCAGGAGGAUCUGGCUGACCGUCUGCAGAGCAGAACUUGUGCUGCAAAGUGUCGAUAUAAACUCAAGUCUAACCUGCAGAAGAAGUUCCAGUGUGUGUUUGAGGGGAUCGCUAAAGCAGGAAACCCAACCCUUCUGAAUCAGAUGUACACACCACUCUACCUCACAGAGGGAGGGACUGCAGAGGUCAAUGAUGAACACGAGGUCAGACAGAUUGAAACAGCAUCCAGGAAACCAGACAGACCAGAAACAACAAUCAGACAAGAAGACAUCUUUAAAGCCUCACCUGGAAGAGAUGAACCAAUCAGAACAGUGAUGACAAAGGGAGUGGCUGGCAUUGGGAAAACAGUCUUAACACAGAAGUUCACUCUGGACUGGGCUAAAGACAAAACCAACCCGGACAUACAAUUCACAUUUCCAUUCACUUUCAGAGAGCUGAAUGUGGUGAAAGAGAAAAAGUACAGCUUGGUGGAACUUGUUCAUCACUUCUUUACUGAAACCAAAGAAGCAGGAAUCUGCAGGUUUGAAGAGUUCCAGGUUGUGUUCAUCUUUGACGGUCUGGAUGAGUGUCGACUUCCUCUGGACUUCCUUAACAAUGUGAUCCUGACUGAUGUUACAGAGUCCACCUCAGUGGAUGUGCUGCUGACAAACCUCAUCAGGGGGAAACUGCUUCCCUCUGCUCGCCUCUGGAUAACCACACGACCUGCAGCAGCCAAUCAGAUCCCUCCUGAGUGUGUCAGCAUGGUGACAGAGGUCAGAGGGUUCACUGACCCACAGAAGGAGGAGUACUUCAGGAAGAGAUUCAGAGAUAAGGAGCAGGCCAGCACCAUCAUCUCCCACAUCAAGACAUCAAGAAGCAUCCACAUCAUGUGCCACAUCCCAGUCUUCUGCUGGAUCACUGCUACAGUUCUGGAGGAUUUGUUCAAAAGCAGAGAGGGAGGAGAGCUGCCCAAGACCCUGACUGAGAUGUACAUCCACUUCCUGGUGCUUCAGUCCAAACUGAAGAACGUCAAGUAUGAUGGGGGAGCUGGGACAGAUCCACACUGGAGUCCAGAGAGCAGGAAGAUGAUUGAGUCCCUAGGAAAACUGGCUUUUGAGCAGUUGCAGAAAGGCAACCUGAUCUUCUAUGAAUCAGACCUGACAGAGUGUGGCAUCGAUAUCAGAGGAGCCUCAGUGUGCUCAGGAGUGUUCACACAGGUCUUUAAAGAGGAGAGAGGGCUGUACCAGGACAAGGUUUUCUGCUUCGUCCAUCUGAGUGUUCAGGAGUUUCUGGCUGCUCUUCAUGUCCAUCUGACAUUCAUCAAGUCUGGAAUCAAUCUUCUGGCAGAAGAACAAACAACAUCCUUAUUUGAUGUGUUCAGAGACAAAUCAACACGUUUCUACCAGAGUGCUGUGGACGUGGCUUUAAAGAGUUCAAAUGGACAUCUGGACUUGUUCCUCCGCUUCCUCCUGGGUCUUUCACUGCAGACCAAUCAGACUCUCCUACGAGGUCUGCUGACACAGACAGGAAGUAGCCCACAGACCAAUCAGAAAACAAUUGAGUACAUCAAGAAGAAAAUCAAUGAGAAUCUGUCUGCAGAGAGAAGCAUCAAUCUGUUCCACUGUCUGAAUGAACUGAAUGAUCAUUCUCUAGUGGAGGAAAUCCAACAGUAUCUGAGAUCAGGACGUUUCUCCCCAGAUGAACUGUCUCCUGCUCAGUGGUCAGCUCUGGUCUUCAUCUUACUGUCAUCAGAAAAAGAUCUGGAUGUGUUUGACCUGAAGAAAUACUCUGCUACAGAAGAGGCACUUCUGAGGCUGCUGCCAGUGGUCAAAGCUUCAAAUAAAGCUCUGCUGAGUGGCUGUAACCUCUCAGAGAGAAGCUGUGCAGCUCUGUCCUCAGUUCUCAGCUCCCAGUCCUCUAGUCUGAGAGAACUGGACCUGAGUAAAAACAACCUGAAGGAUUCAGGAAUGAUGCAGUUGUCUGCUGGACUGGAGAGUCCACAUUGUACACUGGAAACUCUGAGUCUGUCAGGAUGUCUGAUCAAAGAGAAAGGCUGUGCUUCUCUGGCCUCAGCUCUGAGCUCCAACCCCUCCCAUCUGAGAGAGCUGGACAUGAGCUACAAUCAUCCAGGAGACUCAGGAGACAAGCUGCUGUCUGCUGGACUGGAGGAUCCACACUGGAGACUGGAGACUCUCAGGAUGGAUCAUGGUGGAGAGCAGUGGCUGGAUUCUGGUUUGAGAGACUAUUUCUGUGAACUCACACUGGACACAAACACUGUAAACAGUUACCUCAAACUGUCUGACAACAACAGGAAGGUGACACUUGUGACAGAGGGUCAGUCAUAUCCUGAUCAUCCAGACAGAUUUGAUUACUGGCCUCAGCUGCUGUGUAGAAAUGUUCUGACUGGUCGCUGUUACUGGGAGGUCGAGUGGAGAGGAAAAGUUAAUAUAUCAGUGAGUUACAGAGGAAUCAGCAGGAAACAAGGCAGUUAUGACAGCAGGUUUGGAUUUAAUGAUCAGUCCUGGAGUCUGAUCUGCUCUGAUGUUAAUGGUUACUCUGUCUGUCACAAUAACAGAGAAACAUCCAUCUCCUCCAGCUCCUCCUCCUCCUCUGUCUCUAACAGAGUAGGAGUGUAUGUGAACUGUCCUGCUGGCACUCUGUCCUUCUACAGAGUCUCCUCUGACACACUGAUCCAUCUCCACACCUUCAACACCAGAUUCACUGAACCUCUGUAUCCUGGGUUUAGGUUCCAGUCUUAUGGUUCCUCAGUGUCUUUAUGUCCUCUGUCUGAGGGAGAGUCUCCUCCUGUGGAGACAAUCAGUCACACUGCUGACUGA